CAACACAUUCCCUUUCUGGAUUGUUGGAUCCCGCAUCUCAGUCCCGAUAACCGAUGUUGAUAUGCGGUCAGAUGGAUCAUGUCACGACUAGCCAGAAAUCAUUUCUUAUAAAUACGCCGCCCCUGGUUGUGUUUCCCCCGCGUCCCUGGUAGACUACUGCGAACGUAUUUCCCCGGUCGCAAGCACUGUAAGCCUCAGUCAUCAUGGUUGCCAAGCUGCUUCUACCCUUGCUCAGCGUCUUUGUUGUCUAUACCAUCUUCUACUAUGCCGACAUAAAUAAUGCGCGCGCCCUGGCGGACAAGGCUGUCGAGUCACAGAUCCUGCCUGGAACCGCGGAACCACUGCGCACCGUAUACACGGGCGUGCCGCAGAUCGACAAGCUGCUGUCUAUCCUGACGACUUUCUUCUGGCCAGCCACCGACGGAAGCCAUCCAACUCUGACACUGCAUUCCCUCGGAUUCUCCGGUACAUUUGGGUCGGCCUGGGUACUGGUGACUCUGGAGGCCUGGAGACGUGGCAAUGCGUGGACCAUCGUCGCCUUCCCCAUGGCAUUCGGACUCGCGGCCCAGGUUCUCACCUUUGCUUUCGCAACCCCGCUGUUCCUGUGUCUGCAUCUAUCUUUCUCGGUUACGGCUCGCAAGCCCAAUGCCGAGAACAUUCGCGUACCCCGCGCCGUGCUCAACGCCAUCCCGCUGGUGUUCACGAUCGGUUUCGUGGUCCCCAGCGCGCUGUUGAUCCUACCUCGAUCGGAGCAGAUCACGACGGAUUUGAAGCAGAUCUUUAUCGCCCUGUGGCAGCCCUGGCCUGCAUACACUUCCAUCCUGCUCGUGCUUGUGAACAUUGUGUUCAGCCCCUUUGUCAGCAACGACCGGAACAUCGACGACGGCCGUGCGACCCAGCGCGCCCUGCGCCGUGUCUAUGCCUAUGCCUUUGGCAACGCUGCCGUCACUCACCUCGUCUCAUGGAUUGUCUCUCUGUCGACUGUUGUUGCCCCGUCUAUCUUCAAACCCGAGUAUGUGGGUGCGCUUCAUCCAUUCAAGGUUUUUGAUAUCCCACAGCCGUGGGCCUCGCCUGUCGCGCAGGUGAGCACACUUGGUGAGGGGGUGCAUGCUUUUCUGCGAUGGGACUACCUGAUCGGCUCCGCUGGAGUACUGAUCUGGGCUGUCAGCGUGUACAAGAGUGCGCAUCGCGUUGUCUAUGGUCGUGUCGGUUGCCUGGGUCUCGUCACUAAGGUAGUCAUGCUCAGUCUUGUGGCCGGCCCUACUGCUGCGGCUGUGGAGCUGCUCUGGGAGCGUGACGAGCUGGUCAUGAACGAAAUGGGAGGCAUCAAGCGGGUGGCCCCCAAGAGCAAGAAGUCGACAUAGAUGAGGUGGGACCGACGCCUGCAUUCUAUGCGCAGGAAACCAAUGAACACUGGAAAUGUGAUAUGUGCUGUAUGAUUAGUGUUUUUGAUGCGACGUAUGUCAGCAGAGGGCGAAGAGAUAUUUCGUGACAGAAUGACAAUAAAACCAUGGCGUUAUACCUUGUCAA